AUGGGGAAACGCAUCAUCUUCACUGGCGGCUCUGGCUUUGCUGGUCCCUGGGUGAUUCGAGAGCUCCUGCGGUACGGUCACGAUGUGGUCAAUCUUGACCUUAUGCCGCUUGACAACCCUUUCGUCCACACCAUCAAGACCGAUGUGACCGAUGCCGGUCAGGUCUACAGCGCUCUCCACACACAACUCCACUUAACCCAACCAUUGGAGAAAUCAUCUAUUCCCGACGCGGUCAUUCACUUUGCCGGCUACGCCCGGCCGCUAUUGGCGCCUGAUAGCGAGAUCUUCAAAGACAAUGUCAUAGGUAUACACAAUGUCGUUGAGGCGGCAUGCAAACUAGGCAUCAAGAAGAUCAUAAUAGCAAGCAGUAUUACAGUGUACGGCGUCACUUUCUCUGAAGGGCAUCGGUCGUUCACUUCUUUCCCUAUCGAUGAAACAACAGACUGUAAUCCCACUGACCCAUAUGGCUUAUCAAAGCUUGUGGGAGAAAGGAUUGCUAGAAGCUAUGCCAGUCGCUUUGACGUUGACAUUCAUUGUCUUCGCAUCGGCCAUGUCAUUCAACCUGACAAAUAUAAUGAGGCUUUCACCAGCUAUGUUAAGCAUCCCGAGUCUUGGGAUGUUCAUGGCUGGUCUUAUGUCGACCCCAGAGAUCUUGGUCAGAUGUGCCAUCUUUGUGUGUCGUCAGAGGGUCUUGGCUGGCAGGUUUUCAAUGCCACCAACAAUGAGAUAACAAACAAUGAGAGGACAACUGACUUUCUGGAGCGAGUGAGUCCGCUGACUCCAUUUACCCGGAGGAUGGGUGAUCACGAAGCUCCUAUUUCAAACCGGAAGAUUCAAGAAAUGCUGCAUUUCAAAGAAGAGCAUCCUUGGCGGAAACACUUCCACGUCUCUAAUGGUGAGAAUGGAGCCAAGGAGGCACACGGAUGA